AUGUCAAGUGGAGAAAAAGAACCCCUUAAAUCAGGUAAGAACAACCCUUAUUAUUCCCAACCUGCCUCGACAUCUGGGCCUAGAAUUGCAACUUUAAGCCAAGGAUCAACAUAUGAUCAAUAUCCUCCAUCUCAAUAUCGAGCUCCUUCAGAGCCCAGUUAUCCUCCUCCACAACAAUACCAAGCACAGCCUUAUUAUCCUCAAGACAAUCAAAACCAAGAUCCUUAUUAUAAUGCUGUGAUACUGCACAAUGAAGGCAGAGAUCCUGUACAACUUUAUUGCCCUGUUUGCAGGAGGACUGUUUGGACUAAAAUAGAUACGAAGCCAGGAUGGUUCACAUGACUCUGCUGCACUCUGCUAUGUCUAAUUGGAUGCUGGCUGUGCUGCUGUAUUCCAUUUUGCAUCAAAAGGUGCAAAGAUACCUAUCAUUAUUGCUCAGUUUGCAGCCGAGCUUUAGCUAUUGUUGAGCCUUACUAUUAA